AUGCGCUAUGGCACCUAUCGAGCAGUUUUCAAAGUCGAGGGCUCCAACGGUGGCGCCUGUGCGGGAUUCUUUUGGUAUCGUGAUGACCGAUCAGAGAUUGAUAUUGAACUUAUCACAAAGGGCACUUCGCUCGUGAACAACACCGUCAGCUUUACUUCGCACCCCUCUCGAGCACCGGACGGCUCUCCCAUCCCAGGCGCGACCCUGGCCAAGUCCUUGAGCGAUCCCCAGUUCCAACCCGGAGUAUUUCGCGAGUAUCGGUUCGAUAGUCACCCGGACCUUGGGGUCGCGUACUAUGUCGAUGGCAAGCUCAUCCACGAGAAUACUGACCACGUUCCGAAGGAGGGCGGCAAUUUACAACUCAAGCUGUGGGCAGACGGGAACAAGUGGUGGAGCGGAACACCCAGCACCACCGACGUCUUUAUGACGGUUGCGAGCGUUGUUGCAUACUACAACACCUCCAUCGUGGAUCCUCGUUGGUUGGCCAACUGCACGGCUGCUGGUGGCCCAAGCAAAAGCACUCUGUGCACCAUCUAA